AUGGAAGAAAAAGACUCAGCUGGGCCUGAAGCAGUAAGAGGUCUGUUUAUCAUCCAGGCCAGGAGCCCUGGGGAACCGUGGGAUAGAACAGGAUGGAAGAUUCCAGGUGAGGACACCCUCAGCGCAAAUGUGCAAUGCCAGAAGUUCAGGCAUUUCCACUACCAGGAGGCUGAGGGGCCCCGAGAGGUUUGCAGCCGACUUCACCAUCUUUGCCGUCAGUGGCUGAAGCCGGAGAGAUGCACCAAGACUCAGAUGCUGGACCUGGUGAUCCUGGAGCAGUUCCUGGCUGUCCUACCCCCAGAGAUGGAGAGCUGGGUGAGGGAAUGUGGAGCAGAGACCAGUUCCCAGGCGGUGGCCCUGGUCGAAGGUUUCCUCCUGAGUCAGGCAGAGGAGAGGAAGCAGGCAGAGCAGCAGGUGAGGUUGUCAUCUGGACCAGGGGUCUCCCAAACUGUGGUCUGUGAACUGCUAGUGGUCCAUGAGUUUUAUUCAGUUGAUCAAUGUUAAAUAUUUAUAUUUACUUUUAAUUGCGUCUUGGUUGCUUAUUUUAUUUCUUGUAUUUUAAUGCAUAACAAAUUGAAUUCUGUGGAACACAAAAAAAUGAAAGCAUCCAAGGAAAGACUUCUAAUAACCCUUCAGGUUUCUGCCUCUGCUGUUCCUUUUCCAAUCCUUCUCCACAGUUGAUGUCUCCAAUUCUUAUUGUUGUUUCAGGUUACAGGUCUAUUUGCCAAAGCCAGCCUGGAUUUCUCAGAGGCAGAGAGGGCUCCAUCAGACACUGGACAGGGGCUACUGGGUAAGAACUCCCUUGUUAGAACAGCUACAUUGGCUAGCAGUCUGAUUCCAGGUGCAAUUCAAAGUGCUGGUUAUGAGCUAUAAAACCCUAUACCACUUAGGUCCAAGCUAUCUGAAAGACCAUAUUUCCUUUGGGAAUUGACUGUUUUUUAAGGAAAGGGCUUUUACUAGUGCUGUGCUGUUUUUAAUAUCUGCAUCUUAAUAGGUUUGUUUUUAUAUUGCUUUAAUUCUCCUAGAGUUUAACCAACAUUUUAAUUAUUCUCUUUUUAUGUUUUAGCUUUUUGUAUUUCAUCUGUGUGGUUUAAUUAAUGUAAGCUGCCUAAAGUCCUGGUCUGGGGAUAAGACAGGAUAUAAAUAAAUAUAAUAAUAAUAAUGACUGAUGGGAUGUAUCUCAAUUGGGUUUAUCUUGGUCAAGUGUUAAAUAAAUCCACAGGCUCCUUUAAUCUUUUGGGGGAAGAAACUGGCAGCCCAGAGCCCCAAAGGGAAGAGAUGUCCUUUCACACACAUAUAAAACAGAAUAUAAAGCUCUGAAAUACAGUGGUACCUCGGGUUACAGAUGCUUCAGGUUACAUACGCUUCAGGUUACAGACUCCGCUAACCCAGAAAUAGUACCUUGGGUUAAGAACUUUGCUUCAGGAUGAGAACAAAAAUCGCAUGGUGGCAGCGCAGUGGCAGCGGGAGGCCCCAUUAGCUAAAGUGGUGCUUCAGGUUAAGAACAGUUUCAGGUUAAGAACUGACCUUUAGAACGAAUUAAGUUCUAAACCUGAGGUACCACUGUAUGCUUAACAGAUAAAAGAAUUUCUAACACCCAUGUGUAUUUAGGGAUGCAUUGAUUAACCUACGAGAGAAGCAAGUGCUCCUGGCUUAUCGCCAGCUUUUUCUCUCUCAGGUGAUGAAAUGAUACUGGCAAGACCUCAUCAGCCAUCUCUGCUUCGUGGUGAAGGGGAAGCAGUUGCCAUUGAACUGGAUCAGGUAGGGAGGACAGAUCACAGGAGGCAGGCUGGAGGCAGGCUACUCGGUCCCCACCUCCCUAGGCCUGAACUGAAAUCCCUGCUUCUUGGUUCUUCUGUCAGAACUGCCUGCAAGGAAGUCAAAUAUUUAAAUCAUUCCAUGGAAUUCAAAUUGCCACAUGAUAAAAUGCAAUAUAGGAAAUAAAAGUACAGUGGUGCCUCGCAAGACGAAAUUAAUCCGUUCCGCGAGAGUCUUCGUCUAGCGGUUUUUUCAUCUUGCGAAGCAACCCUAUUAGCGGCUUAACGGAUUAGCGCUAUUAGCGGUUUAGCGGCUAUUAAAGGCUUAAAGGCUUAGCGGAUUAGCUGCUAAAAGGCUAUUAAAGGCUAUUAAAGGCUUAGCAGAUUAGAUAAAGGGGGAAAAGCGAAAAAAUCUCUAGACUCGCAAGACAUUUUCGUCUUGCGAAGCAAGCCCAUAGGGAAAUUCGUCCUGCGAAGCAACUCAAAAACGGAAAACCCUUUCGUCUAGCGGGUUUUCCGUCUUGCGAGGCAUUCGUCUUGCGGGGCACCACUGUACAAUUAAAAAUCAUACAACAUCCACAGGGCAAAGUGUUUGGGAACCAAUGUAAUAGAUAACACAAACUAUUAUCUAUAGAGAUUUCAUUUCUGCAGAAUAGCCCCUCUUCCUUGAAGAGUCUCAUGGAUUUUGGGAAUCAAUAUAUCUUAAUGUAAUCUUUCAACUAUUUCCCUUUUUCUCAGAGUCCCGUGUCCUUUGAGGAGGUGGCUGUGUACUUCACUAAGGAGGAGUGGGCACUUCUGGAUCCUGAUCAGAGAGAUCUGCAUAAAGAAGUCAUGGAGGAGAAUUGUGGGAUGGCAACCUUUCUUGGUAAGGGUCGAAGUUUCACUUGUCCAGGAGUGGAGAAUCUUCAGCAUUACAGACAUUACAGGACUGCAACACCCAUAAUUUCUGUACUAGUUUAAAACUGUUUAGAAAGUGUAGCAAUCUAUCAACUUUUAGCAUUAUUCUUCUUUGCACGUUUCUUAUACUGGAUAAUUUUUAUUGAUUAAAACAUUAGCAUUUUUACCUCAAGUUCUUACCUGUUUCUUAUCUUUGUUGCAGCAUGUGAAAAAAGCUUUUGUCAAAGUUUUAGCCUCACUACCCCUCAAAGGAUCUUUAUGGUGGAGAAGCCAUAUAAAUGUUUUGGAGGUGCAAGGCGCUUAAAUGAGAAGAUAGGCCUCAUGACACAUCCAAGAAUUGACACAGGGGAAGAACCACACCAGUGCUUGGAGUGUGGAAAGAGCUUCAGUGAUAUGAAAGCUUUCACUACUCAUCAAAGAACCCAUACUGUGGAAAAGCCAUAUAAGUGCUUGGAGUGUGGAAAGAGCUUCCGACAGAACAUAACUCUCAGCUAUCAUCAAAAAACUCACACAGGGGAAAAACCCUAUGAAUGUUUGGACUGUGGAAAGAGCUUCAUUCGAAAGAUAAAUCUCACUUAUCAUCAAAGACUUCACACAGGGGAGAAACCAUAUCAGUGUUUGGAAUGUGGAAGGAGCUUCAUUCGAAAGAUAAACCUCACUUCCCAUCAGACAAUCCACACAGGAGAGAAACCAUUUCAGUGCUUGGAGUGCGGGAAGAGCUUUAGACAGAAUAUAACUCUCAGUAAUCAUCAAAGACUACACACAGGAGAGAAACCCUAUCAGUGCUUGGAGUGUGGAAAGAGCUUCAUUCGGAAGACUGAUCUUAGUUAUCAUCAAAGAAUCCACACAGGGGAUAAACCUUAUCAGUGCCUGGUGUGUGGAGUGAGCUUUACACAGAAAAGGCACCUCACGUCUCACCAAACGAUUCACACAGGGGAGAAGCCAUAUAAAUGCUUGGAGUGUGGAAAGUGCUUUCGCCUGAACAGAGACCUCAUUCCUCAUCGAAGAAUUCACACUGGGGAGAAACCGUAUCACUGUUUGAAGUGUGGAAAGAGUUUCAAUACAAACGCAAACCUCCGUUGUCAUGAGAGAGUUCACACAGGAGUAAAACCAUAUAAAUGUACGGAGUGCGGGAAGAGCUUCAGUGCAAAGAAAACACUAAUUUCCCAUCAAAAAAUGCAUACAGGGGGAAGUGAUAUGAAUGUUUGCAGUGUGGAAAGAGUUUCCACGUAAAUAAAGUUCUCAUUUCUUUGAAUUAACAUGGGAUAAACUAUUCCAGUGCUUGGAGUGGAAAUACAUGAAAUGAUGCACAUAACCAUUUAAAUAUUUCUUGGGGACGUAGAGUACCCUCCUUUUCUUCCUUAAGCUACACCCCUCCCUCUUGGCCCCAUUCAUUUAAACUGAAGCAGCCCUGGGAGACCAGAGUUCAAAUCCCCAUGAAGCCAUGAAGUUCACUGGGUAACCUUGGGCCAAUGGCUCUCAGCCUAGUUCUACCUCACAGGGUUAUAUUGAAAUACUUUAUUGUCACUUGUACACCUUGUAUACAGUGAGAUUACACGAGCACCCCCCACUCAGCUCUCUUAGUCUUAAUUUCCCUCGUUUACUGAUGCAUACCCACCAGACCCGAGAGUCAGUUGCCCUGUUGUUAUCUUUUCAUUCAGCAGCCUAACAGGCCACGGAUAGAAGCUGUUCUUUACCCUGUUGGUGCGACUAAUCCUGCUUCUACAUCUUCUGCCUGAGGGCAGGAGAUCAAGAAAGUGCCGACCAGGGUGUGAAUCAUCCCUGAGAAUUUUCCUCACUCUCCUGAGGCAACGUUCUUCUGCUAUUUCAUCCAGCGGAUUCACGGGACAGCCCAUAAUAUCUUGUGCUGUAUUCACCACCCUCUGUAGGCACUUCCUAUCAGUUGAUGUCAAACCAGCUUACCACACCAUGAUGCAGUAUGAAAGGAUAUGUUGACCGGUAGAAGAUCUUUCUAUGUUGACCGGUAGAAGAUCAUCAGAUGUUGAUUGACAUCAUUCUUCCGCAAUACUCUGAGGAGAUGGAGUCUGUUGGGCUUUCUUAACCACCUGGGUUGUAUUUAUUUUCCAAGUAAGCUCUUCACUGAGAUAAACUCCUAGGAAUUUAAAGGAAGAGACUCUCUCCACACAGCCCUCCCCGAUGUACAGCAAGGCUAGUUCUCCUCUCUUCCUCUGAAAGUCCAACACCAUCUGCUUUGUCUUGCUGAUAUUAAGGUGCAAGUUGUUCCAUAGGCACCAUGUAUAUAUAUAUUUUUUACCUCCCCUCUAUACGCUAAUUCGUCUCCACCUGUUAUUAAACGCAGUGUGGUGUCAUCUGCAAACUUAAUAAUUGCAGUAGACAGAUAAAUGCUACACAAUCGUAUGUAUACAAUGAAUACAGGUAGGGACUUAGCACACAUCCCUGUGGUGUGCCAGUGCUGAUUUUUAAGGAAUUAGAUGUUACAUGUCCAAUCCUCACUGUUUGUGUCUGAUCUAUCAGAUAGUCUUUAAUCCAGUCACAGAUGGUAGGAGAAAGGUUCAUGUCAGUCAGCUUUUUUUCAGGGUUAUUGUGAAUAUAUAAAAUUGGGAAUAGGAGAACUAUGAAGCCACUUCAAGUUCAUUUGACGAAAGGUGGGCUAUAAAUGUAAUAAUAAAUGAAUAACAAAAAGUCCAUUUCCAGCUUACCUGUCCUUGAUUUUGAAUUGGUGGUGGUGGUGGUAUUUUUGUGUGUGUGUGUUUAUAUAGGAGGCUGGGUUUGGAAUCAGGAAAUUAAAUGUGCAAAGAGGAAAUGGAAAGGGCAAAGGAAUGUUCUCUGGUUUCCAAGUGCAGAAAACAUGCCAAAGGCAAGGAGAGGAUGCGGGAGAGGAGAAUAUGAUGUUUUACACACACACACACACACGAUUUAAUUUACCCACCCUGGUAUUGUAAACUGGUCAUCUCCCUCCCCAGGGGUCUCCUAACCACUUCAAGUUACAAGACAGGAGAUUCCGACUAAACAUCAUGAAUAACUUUCCUUCCUUGGAGAUUUUUAAGCAGAGGUUGGAUGGCCAUCUGUCCUGGAUGCUUUAGCUGAGAUUCCUGCAUUGCAGAGGAUUAGACUAGAUGACCCUGGGAGUCCCUUCCAACUCUUAAGAUUCUAUGAAGCUCCCUGAACAGGGAUGAGGAAGAGGAAAAUUGGAGUUCAGGCGCACAGACUCCAAUCAAGGUGUGGCUUUCAAGGCAGGGCAGGGGAAUGUUCACAGGAUCAAAUAUGGGAUAAAUCAUUAAAAAAAAAAAAAUUAAAACAAUGAUUAAAUAAUUUGUUCUUGGCUGUUAAGACCCUAGUAAAUUAUUUACGUAAGAUACUGCUAUAAGCUUUUUCUUCUUCCCUUUUUGCUAAGCAACUUUUUUCUAUUCAAAUGAAAUUAUUUUGCAAAACAAUCUUAUGUGGUCGAUUAUGCAGGGUGGGGCUUACUUGCCCCCUCCCCAAUUAUUCAAGUUGGCACCCCUGGCUGGACCUGGGAGAGCAGGGUUCGCAUCCCCAUGAAGCUACCUUGGGCAGCCAACGUCUCUCAGCCCAGCCUACCUCACAGGGUUGUUGGGAGGGCGAACUGGGGACGUGGAGAAGCACGCGCACCACCUUGAACUCCUCGGAAGAAAAGGUGGUAUAUAAACGUAAUGGCGGGGCGGGGGAAAGGGAGACACCCGCAAGGGGCCUCGAAGCAGCCGGAGACGAAGGACGAAGGAGGCAAAGGCAGCGGUUGAGGCAGAAGCGCCGGCAUGUAGGAAGCCAGCGAAGGAAAAGGCGGCCGUGAGGCGUUGCUACGGGCUCGUGAGGCGUUGCUAGGAGGCGCCCAACGGCCGGGCAGCGUUGCUAAGGGCCCGUGAGACGUUGCUAGGGACGGCCUAGCGGCGUUGCUAAGGGUACGCGAGGCGUUGCUAGAGGCGCCCAACGGCCGCGCGGCGUUGCUAAGGGCAAGUGAGGUGUUGCUAGGGGGCAUCCAACGGCCAACCACCGCUUGGACACUCUAUGGCCUCCGCUAUUUCUCGACUCGCGCCUGCUGCUGAUCACUUCCGGGUCUCCCCGCAGGGUUUUCUCCGGGCAGGGAGGGGGAGCCGCCUGCAGAAUUCAACGAGCGGCCGCUUCACGGGGGGCACCGGGAGGCGGAGACGGGUUUUCGCCUCAUUAAAUGCCCCCAAGGACUUGCGUUGCCAGGGGGUUGGGGACCAGAUGAUUCAUUGCCUGUGAUUCUGAAUUGUAGGGUUUGGAAGGGACCCCCAAGGGUCAUCUAGUCCACACACGCAACCCCCCCCCUCGAAAUGCAGGCAUCGCAGCUAAAGGAUCUCUUGACAGAUGGCCACCCAACCGCCUUCCUUGCGAGGGAUUCCGUCUCACAUGCUCCCUGCCCAAGGUACUGCCAUGUCUGGCACAUCUCUCCUCCUGGCGCCGGUCGGCACAUCGCUGUCAGGGCAGGAGGUGAUGGGGCGCCCCUGCUUCGUGGAAGAGGGAUGCCAAGAAAUAGGCAGGAUACCAGACCAUUCCUCCCGUGUUUUGAUUAAAAUGGGAGGCAGCUGUUGAGGAAGGGCCUGGUUUUCUUCCUACUUUUGAUUUUCUUGCCACCUCCCCCCCCCCCAAAAAAAACCCCUUCAUCAGAGAGUGCGGGGCUAGGCAUUCUAAGGGUUAAAUUCGGAAGCGGUGGGGGAGAGCCAAAGCCCCCACCCCUUUCAUGUCCCUUGGAGUAAAACUGGUCACUGAUCUCUCUGCUACCCCCACCCACCCACAAAAGUGCUACCUUUGUGGGAUCUGGUGAGCACCCCUCCUGAAAUUUGGGGGAAGGGGAGGGGGGGAGGAUGCACAAGGGGCGAAAGAGAGGAGGGGGAGUCAAAAAUGCCUUGGGGGCUGAUUUCCAAAAUCCAAUGCCGGGCAGGAAAAGGAGAGGGUCGCCAGCUGUUGGGAAGGGGGACCUAUUUGGACCCUAGCCCCAUUUUACCCACAAAGGGAGGGGGCCUGUGCAGCAGAUCCACUUAGGACCCCCAUAUAUACACCAGGGGGUUUGAUAUGUGGGGGCUGGGGAAGAGGAGGGUGUGUAAAGCAGGUCUGCAAUGCUUAGUUGAAUGGAUCAUCCCAUUGGAUUUAGGGGAACCCCACCACCAGAUCCCACAAUGGGCCUCCCCCGCACCCCAACUGCCACCACUGGGGCCUCUGAAUGACCACCUUCUCCAUGGGACUCAGUGGAAGAAGCAGUAACAGCUUUUUCUAGAGAUCCAUUCUAUUGUAACUUCUUUAAAAGAAAAGGGAUGCUUGUUGUAAUAAUCCUAGGUAAACUGAUAUCUGACGUCAACCUGAAUUCGCACAGGGGAGACGGUUUUGUGUAUGCUACUAGGACCCACCGUAAUUUUUAUGAUAGGAAACUGUUUUCAACUGUUUUUGAUGUUGUGUGUUGUGUGUUCUGUAACCCACCCAGGGACCUUAGGCUGAUGGGCAGGUAAUACAUUAUAUAUACAUUAAGCCCACAACUUAUUUGGGGGUUGUGUUCUAGGAAUAAGGCCUAAAGCCAAAAUUGAAAAGAAAAAAAAAUUGGUUCAGUGGUGGGUGGGAUUGCCCAAGUCAUUUUCCGCACCUAUUAUUUAUUUAUUUAUUUUGCCACACUUAAGUUGUGGGCUUACUGUAUAUAUAAUGUAUCACCUGCCCAUCAGCCUAAGGUCCCUGGGUGGGUUACAGGGUACCUCGGGUUAAGAACUUAAUUUGUUCUGGAGGUCUGUUCUUAACCUGAAACUGUUCUUAACCUGAAGCACCGCUUUAGUUAAUGGGGUCUCCCACUGCUGCUGCACCGCUGGAGCACAAUUUCUGUUCUCAUCCUGAAGCAAAGUUCUUAACUCGACGUACUGUUUCUGGGUUAGUGGAGUCUGUAACCUGAAGCGUAUGUAACAUGAAGCGUAUGUAACCCGAGGUACCACUGUACUUCGAUUUCUAGCCAAUAGUCCAAGUGUGAAGAAUUGCAUUUUCACACAACUCACUAAUAUAACGUGUGGAAGCAUUGUGUAAAAUAUGUAGGAAAGUGGAUCAGGCAUUGUGUAACAACAGCAUGUACCUAGGCUUGUCUCAUGUGAUCUCUGGGAGAAUCAGUUGCUACAGACUUCCCAUCACCUUUUUCUCUCACAGGUGAUGGAAUGAUGCUGGCAAGAUCUGCUUCACAGUCUCCUCUCCGUGGUGGCGUUGAUGCUGUUGUGAUGAAACCAGAGGAGGUAGGGGUAGGAUCAGUGGGGGGAGCAGAGCUGUGGGCACCCAGGGUGCCUCUGUCCUCUACUCAACCCCCUCCCCAAGGUGCCCAUGAGGGAGGCUGCGGAUGCCGCUUGAGAAGGUUUAAUUUCUGCAGGACUUUUCUGUAUUUUGGCAUUCAAUCAUAUCAAUCAGGAGGCCAAUGUUUUCCUUUUCCCUCUGGGUCUCAUGUGCUUUGAGGAGGUGUUUAUCCGAGGAAGAGUGGGCCCUGCUGGAUCUGGAGCAGAGGGCCCUGCACAGGGAAGUCAUGGAGGAGAAUUGUGAGAUCACUGCCUCUCUCUGUGAGGUUCCCUCUUUGCAUAGUUGACCAUAAUAUCGUACAGAAAAUGCAAUAUAAAGCAUUUUUGCACAUUUUGUAUAUUUUUCAGACUCAAUCCAACAGGCUUUCUAUAUUUUUAUUGUUUACAAGAUUCAUGGCUAACCUUGCCAUUUAAACAGUAGGUUAAAUAGGCCUAGCACAUCCAAGGGUUCAUUAAUCCAGGAUCCGUUGACUAGAAGAGAAGAAGAAGAGUUUGGACUCGAUAUCCCGCCUUUCACUCCCCUUAAGGUGUCUCAAAGCGGCUCACAAUCUCCUUUCCUUUCCUCCCCCACAACAAACACUCUGUGAGAUGAGUGAGGCUGAGAGACUUCAGAGAAGUGUGACUAGCCCAAGGUCACCCAGCAGCUGCAUGUGGAGGAACGAGGAAGCGAACCCAGUUCACCAGAUUACGAGUCCACUGCUCUUAACCACUACACCAUGCUGGCUAGACAAUUCAGUGCUUAGACUGCAUGCAAAUUACAUGCUCCCAUGCUAAAUGACAGGUUUUCUUCUCGUAUUUAUCAUAUAUCCACCCACCAUUGCCCAAAAGAGUUCAGAAGAGAACACAUAGGGUUGUUCUAUGGUUUAGAGUCACAAGAACCCUGUUAGGUAGGCAACCUAUCACUAUCACUCAGCGAUAUCUGUGUGUGAGCUAGGUGCUGAACAUGGAUCCCCAUGGACUCAGUCCAAUAGUCUAUAGAACUUCAACUAUCGAUUAAGGUAUUAAUGGCAGGGAUAUGAAUAGUAAGGUCUGCUAAUAAUUUUCUGUUACUCCUUUAUCGCAAGCAUGAUGUGUUUUGGUUCAGUGAUUUGAGCUUCCAGUUACACCUCAGGCUCCUGAUAGUGUCCUCUCUUUUUCAACAGAUCGUGAGUGGGAAUCCGAGAAUCAGGAAGAUCUACAUUGGUUCUUGCUAGAAGCACACAUGACUUUAAAGGCAGAGCAGCAGAGUAUUAAAAACACAAUAAAACAUCAAACAUUAAAAACUUCCCUAAACAGGGCUGCUUUCCGAUUUCUUCUAAAAGUCAGAUAGUUUUUUAUUUCUUUGACAUCUGAUGGGAGCACAUCCCCUACAUCUGCAUGUUAUGAGCUAAGACUGACAGAUGCUCUGGGUUACCAUAUCAAUAAAUCAUCAUCAUCAUCAUCAUAUAGCCUCCAAAGCAAGGGGGGCGAGGGCUGCUGUUAUCUCCUAUCCCAAGGCUGCAUUGGAGUCCUCUGGGCUUCCACUUUUGAUUGGGACCCUAAAUUGUGAGUCUAAAACACACACACGCACACACACCACCACCACCACCAACAACAACAGGAAAAGAGAGAGAGAUCAGAAGCCCUCCUUCUUGAGGGGAGGGGGAAAGGAAAGAAAAAGCUUGAAAACCAGCCCGUUCCCGACCAACCAACCUCCUAAUUCCUCCCUAUUAGCCUCCUCUUUUUGAGUGACUUGUGGGGGCGUUGACCCUGCAGCCCGCGCUUCGAAGGGUUAAAGCGAACGCGACCCGCUUCCUAGAGAGGAAAGGAAUGUGUGCGGGCGGGGGGCCGAGUCCUCCAGAGCUAAGUCCCCUCCUCCCCCAAGCUCUUCCCUUGAUGCGAUUCCUUUGGAGCAGAAGCGAGCGGCUGGUUCUUUUGCGCGAUCGCUGCCUCGGCGGCCCCUUCUGAGGUCCGGUGAGCCCCCCACCGGCUUUGUGCAUUUGGGGGAAGGCAAUCCCCAGGGGAGGAAGGUGCACAGGAGGGGCUGCAAGAUAGGACCGGGAAGAGGGGGCUUAGAAGACCCCCUGGGAAGCGGUGGGGAGGGGGCCAAGAGCUCAGCCCUGCCCGCCCAGCCCAGCACCCUGCCCAUCGGUCGUGGGUGUUGGAGCUGAGAUUCCUACGUUGCAUUUCAGGGGGUUGGGCUAGAUGACCCUGGGGUCCCUUCCGACUCUACAAUGCCAUGAUUCUGCGAUGGAGAGAAUGGGCGGGUUAAUGGGGCUUUAUCCCCAUUUCGUUCAACCCAUAGGGAGACACAGGGCUGCAGACAUGGGGUUCACACAUACUGGGCAGGGUGGUGGUGAUGGGCUUUUAGCUUUCUUAAAAUAUAUAUUUUAUUUUUUUUAAAAAACACCCAAUAUGCCACUCUGACAUUUGCAAAGGCAGAGGCAGCUGGCUAAGGCUUCUGCAGGAAGCAAGGUUGCUAAGCGUGCCUCCUCCUCUGUUGCUAAGCAGACGGGUAUGUGGACGGAGUCUGGACAGAGGGGAAAAGAGAAAGAGCAGAAAAAGCUCCUUGUUGAGGGCUAGCCUGGUGCUGGACAGGGGCGGGUGGAGCCCACACAAUUUUGUUCUUAUAUGCCUUUAUAGUAUAAAAUGCAACUGUCUGAAAUAAAUGGGGAAUUGGUGAUGUUUCAAUGCCCUGGUUCUCUUUUUCCCCAUUGCUGGUGUGCUUUUAAUUAGUAAUUUACUUAUUAAUAUGCAGCAACCCUGAAACAAAUUUAUGAAACCCAUACUGCAGCUACAGCCAGUUAAAUUUCCUAUAGGCUCUGAUUCUGUAAUUAAUAUAGUAAGCCUUAUUUAUCCUAAAUGUUUUCCCACUCAGUAAAUAAAAAAAAAGCAAUCUAGUAAACAGGGAGAAGGUUUGGAGGUUUGGGAAUCAAAAUCAAUCAUAGCUGUGGUUCUCAAACUUUUUCCCGCAUGGAACACUUGAAAAUCACCGAGGGUCUUGGUGGACCCCACUUAAUGCUUUUUUCUGUCUGCUGCAACCACUGCAGUGAGCAGUUCUGGGUGCUGAAUGAUUUUAAUUUGUAUCUCAAUUGCUUCUUUCGUUCCUUUUUUUAGUGUAUUGUAUUACUGUACUGAAAGGCAAUAAAUUUCUGUAGAAUUCAAAUUGCAAUGGGAAAAAAAAUGCAAGGUUUCCCCUCCCUUUGUAAUGGUUGCCAUUAAUAUGACUCUGAAUUGAUUUCAGAAUGAAUUGAUUUUAGAAUGUAUUUCAAUUAAAUGAUUAUGAUUUUAUGUAAACUGUAUUAUUUUUACUGUUGUUAGCCGCUCUGAGCCCGGCUUCAGCUGGGGAGGGUGGGAUAUAAAUAAAUUAUUAUUAUUAUUAUUAUUAUUAGGUCCCCAAGUAUCUUAAAACAGUCUUGUUCCUCAGGGGAAAGCUUUCUGUCCUGACGGUGUGAUAAUAAAAUCAUCUGGGAAUGGCUUGAUUUUUCAGGACUUGGUAGCACUUUCAGCUAGGGCGGAAGUGGGAAGAGUCCCUUGGGGUCAAUUGGAGAGUCUUCCUUGGAACACAGAUGGAAGAGGAAGACUCUGUCGUUCUUGAAGACGGUAGAGGCCCAUAUACAAUCCAGGUUGGGAGCAGUGGGGACUUCUGGGAAAGAACAAUGCAGAAGAUUCUGGAUGAGGAGGACACCCUCAGCUCAUAUUUACAGCUCCCCGUUGGGCAUUUCAACCACACAGAAGCCAAGGGGCCCCGAGAGAUUUGCAGCCGACUCCACCGUCUUUGCUGCGAAUGGCUGAAGCCAGAGCAACACACGAAGAAUGAGCUGUUGGAACUGGUGGUCCUGGAGCAAUUCCUGGCUGUCCUCCCCCCGGAGAUGGAUAACUGGGUGAGGGAAUACGGAGCGGAGACCAGUUCCCAGGCGGUGGCCCUGGCUGAAGGUUUCCUCCUGAGUCAAGCAGAAGAAAAGAAGCAGGAAGAGCCGCAGGUGAGAGAGAGUUUCAUCCUAAUACUUUCAGCGGGGUCAAAAUUGGAAGGGGGGAAAUCUUAAAACAGCCUGUAAUUAAACCUUUUUUUAAAAAGUAGAAAUAAUUCACAGCACCAUGCCCCAGAUUCCCCAAGGCCUUUUGCCUCUGUUGUGCCUUUUCUAAUCCUCCCCAUUGACUGACUUCAAUCUCCUCGUCGUUUCAGGUAAAAGGUCUGUUUGCCGAACCAACCACUGACCUCCCUGCAGCAGAGAGAGCUUCGUCAGAUGCCAAGCAGUGUUUCCUGCGAAGGAGGAACGUUCAGGGGAGCUGGGGAGCUGCAGCCUCACUCAGUAAGAAUUAACUGCAUCUCCCACGGGACGCUUUUAUGUUCUCGUGAAUCUUUCAGAGGGAGGCCCCCUUUCCGUAGCCUAAAGGUAAAGGGACCCCUGACCAUUAGGUCCAGUCGUGGCCGACUUUGGGGUUGCGGCGCUCAUCUUGCUUUAUUGGCCGAGGGAGCUGGCGUACAGCUUCCGGGUCAUAUGGCCAGCAUGACUAAGCCGCUUCUGGCGAACCAGAGCAGCACAUGGAAGCGCCGUUUACCUUCCUGCCAGAGCAGUACCUAUUUAUCUACUUGCACUUUGACGUGCUAGGUUGGCAGGAGCAGGGACCGAGCAACGGGAGCUCACCCCAUCGCGGGGAUUCGAACCACCGAUCUUCUGAUUGGCAAGCCCUAGGCUCUGUGGUUUAACCCAGCCUUAUCCACAGUUAAAAAAUGAAUCUAUUUUCAAUACUUGAGCACUUACACGAGUGCUUGAGUUUCUGGCUGAGAACCCAAAUAGGGAGAAUUGCAGUUUCCCACAAAUGAAGCGCACAAUGUUUAGAAGCAUCCCAAAUUCAGUGGUACCUUGGUUCUCGAACUUAAUCUGUGCUGGGAGUCCGUUUGAUUCCUGAAACCGUUCAAAAACCAAGGCGUGACUUCUGAUUGGCUGCAGGACCUUCACUCAAGCAGAAGCUGUGUUGGACGUUUGGCUUCCGAAAAACGUUUGCAAACACUUACUUCCGGGUUUGCGGCAUUCGGGAGCUGAUUUGUUCAGCAGCUAAGCCGUUCAGGAACCAAGGUACAACUUAGUGCGAUGGAGGAGAUUACAUUUUUGUAACGUCAACAUGUACGUAAAACAUGCGCCGCUUAACCGCUAUCUGGUUAGGAGCAUUCAGAAUAUCUAGGAUAGAUGCGCCAUUUUCUAAUGCCAACUUGUACUUGGAGAUGUGUCCUUCUGUAGGACAAGCAGUUGCUAUUGGCUUCCCACCAUUUUGUCUCUCGCAGGUGAUGAAAUGAAACCAACAGGAGCUUCUUGGCUGUCUCCUCUUUGUGGUGAAGGGGAAGCAGGAGCUGUGGAACCAGAUCAGGUAAGAGGGAAGAAGGUUCAUUGAGGAAAAGAGAGGCUGGGUGUCAUCCCAUUAUUAUUAUUAUUAUUAUUAUUAUUAUUCCGCCCUAUAUCCAAGGGUCUCAGGGUGGUUCACAAAAUAAAAUCAAGAUAUAAAAUCACAAAAUACCUACUCAAAAUAAAAGCAACCCAAUAGUCCCCCCCAAAAAAACACAUUUUAAAAGGGCAUAGGAUGUAAAUCGGAUCAACCAAAGGCCUAGUUAAAAAGGAACGUUUUUGCCUGGCACCUAAAGGUGUAUAAUGAAGGCGCCAGGCGAGCCUCCCUGGGGAGAGCAUUCCACAGACAGGGAGCCACUGCAGAGAAGGCCUUGUUCUCAUGUUGCCACCUUCCGGAUCUCUCAAGGAGGGGGCACACGAAGGCUCUGUCGACUGCUCACCUUCUUGGAUCUGAACAAAUGAAUCUCAUUUUCUUUGCAUCUGUCAAAGCUGCCUACUGGAGGGGCUGCGGAGGCCGCUUAAGAGUGCAACUCAAAAUUUUCCUUGUGUAGUCUUUUGAAUUCUAGUAAAACAAAAUCAUUAUGAGCUGCAUAAAAAAGCAACUACCUCCCUGCCUUUCAGGGUCGAACGUCUUUUGAGGAUGUUGCUGUAUAUUUCGCCAAAAAGGGCCCCCAUGAAGUUUGCAGCCGACUCCACCAUCUCUGCCAUCAGUGGCUGAAGCCAGAGGGUCACACCAAGACUCAGAUCCUGGACCUGGUGAUCCUGAAGCAGCUCUUGGCUGUCCUCCCUCCGGAGAUGGAGAGCUGGGUGAGGGAAUGUGGAGCGGAGACCAGUUCCCAGGCGGUGGCCCUGGCCGAAGGUUUCCUCCUGAGCCGGGCAGAGGACAGGAAGCAGCAGGUGAGAGAGAGUUUCAUCCUGGCAUUUCCAAAUGGCUCUUAAUCUGAGGGGUUAGCCACACUUUUCCUGGAUACUGUAUCACCCACAAAGGAAUGUGCCAAACUUGCCAAGUCUUUUUCCCUCUACCAUGCCUUUCCUAAUUCUGCUGCACAUUUACUGUCUUUGACAUCCUCACUGGUUAACCAAUAUGGAAUAUUGUGUUUGUAAUAAUUUAAUUUCUUGUAUUAUUUCUUUGUUUCCAGGUUUUUGUAUUAAGUAUUUUUCUUUCCUUAUGAACUCACUAUUUCAAUUUUUUUACUUUCUUUCAACUUUUUCAGCUGCGCAUUCUGCUGUAUUAGGUAGCCCCUUACUUGAGAUUGAACUCAAAAUAUUAAUUAUUUUUUACCUUUCUCUACUAAAUCCAUAUUGUUUAAUAUUUCUUCGUUCAAUCUCCAUCUAUGUUGUGUUUUCUCUUGCCCCUGUAAUAUGACCUUUAUUGAAUUGUGGUCCGAAGUUCUCCUUGGUAAUAUCUCUACUUUUUUUACCCUUGCCCCUAAUUCUUUAGAUGCCCAUAUGGCAUCUAUUCUGCUUGCAGAAUUUUUCCACAAUAAGUAAAUUGGCGUUCCAUCAGAUGUUUAAGUCUCCAUAGAUUUAGUAGAUCCAUGUUUUUGAUAUCAAAAACGGAAUUGGGUAAUUUCCCUUCCUUUUUUUCCAGUUUUAUGUAUUUUCCUGUCAAACUCUUAACAAUGUUACUCCAUUUAGGUCUCCCAUUAAUAUUAUUUUGCCAUCAUUUUGUUCAAACAUAUAUUUCUCUAAUGUUUUUUUAAAAAUCCUAUUUUCUUUCAUUGGGUGCAUAUAUUCCUACGAUUAAGAAACGUUCCCCUUCCCAAUUUCCACUGCUAUUAUUCUCGCCUCCUCAUCCUUUUAUCUUUGCUUAGGUUCCAAUUUCUGGUUAAUAUACAAAACUACACCCCUUUCCCCCCUAAUAUCUGAUGAAAUGAAUUCUUGGCCCCAACCCUUUGUUUACUAUUAAACGUUUGUCUUGUCUCUAAAGGGGAGAUCAUUCCAUCAGGCAAGCAGAAAUGUUUGUGCUGAUGGAACAAACACCUUAGUGUUACUUUGAAUUUCACCCUCUUUUAUUUCAGAUAAGGAGUUUGUCUUCAGAAGCGACCACUGACACAAGAGAAAAUCCCCUGCAAAGUGGUAACAAUCAGGAGAGUGAUGGACAUCCCAUCUCAUUGGGUAAAUAUUAUUAAAUUGAUCUCCCUAUAUUGAUUAUGUGAGAAAUUCAUGGGAUCCUUUUGUACUCCCUUAAAUCUUUGAGGAGGCAACACUUUCCCCCAACGUUGUUUAAUCAUGGGAAGACUGUUGUCUCCAGCAUUUUUCAAACUUCAAAAGAUAGAUGUAUUUUAAUUACUUGAGAACUUAAUUCAGUCCUUGGAUUUCUGGCCAAGCGCCCAAGUUAGGAACACAAGUAUUUGCACACGACUGAAAUAUACAAUGUGUGCAGAGAUGGCAUGGAGAAAACGGAAACAGGUUUUUCUGUCGUAACACUAGAACCUACAGACAUCCAAUAAAACAGAAUGUUGGAAUAUUCAGGAAAGGUUAUUUAAAAGUACAGCAUGCAGCAUUUGGUUAAAUGAUGGACGGCAUCAGUGAGGGCCACUGACUUGGGAUAUAAUAAUAAUAAUUUAUUAUUUAUACCCUCCCAUCUGGCUGGCUUUCCCCAGCCACUCUGGGAAACAGAAUAUUUAAAAAACGAUAAAACAUCAAACAUUAAAAACUUCCCUAAACAGGGCUGCCUUCAGAUGUUUCUUUCCUUGACAUCUGAUGGGAGGGCGUUCUACAGGGCCACCACCGAGAAGGCCCUCUGCCGGGUUCCUUGUAACUUCACUUCUUGCAGUGAGGGAACCGCCAGAAGGCCCUUGGCACUGGACCUCAGUGUCCAGGCUGAACAAUGGGGGUGGACAUGCUCCUUCAGGUAUGCAGGACCGAGGCCGUUUAGGGCUUGAAAGGUCAGCAUCAACACUUUGAAUUGUGCUCUGAAACAUACUGGGAGCCAGUGUAGAUCUUUCAGGACCAGUGUUAUGUGGUCUCCCAGCCACUCCCAGUCACCAGUCUAGCUGCCGCAUUCUGGAUUUAUUGUAGUUUCUGGGUCACCUUCAAAGAAGAUAAGACAAAUUAAUGGAUGACUAGGCUCUCAUGGCUGCUAUCCAUGUUGGCUAUGCUCUGUCUUCAUGUCAGAGGCCGUAUGCUUCUCAACACUUGUUGCUGGAAGCCAAAGGAGGGAAGAGCUGCUCUUGUGCUCAGAUACUGCUUGGGGGUUUCCCAAGGCAUCUGGUUGGCCACUGUAAGAACAGGAUGCUGGACUAGAUGGGCCAUUGGCCUGAUCCAGCAUGCUCUUCUUAUGUUCUUAACAAGAGCCCUUUACACCCAUUAUGUUCUUAACAAGAGCCCUUUACGCUCUUAACAUCCAAAAUAUACACGGUGGAUGAAACGUUUUGUCAUUCCAACAUGUACUUGGAUAUGCAUUGCUUAAUGUGGGAGGCAAACUACUGGCUUCCUACCAACUUCAUCUCUCGCAGGUGAUGAAAUGGCGCUGGCAACACCUGCUUGGCCAUCUCCUCUUGGCAACGGAUGGGAAAUGGCUGUUGUGAACCCAGAUCAGGUAGGGGAACUCAUCUCUAGGGGAACAGAAGCUAGGUGCCACUUGGGCACAUCUGCUCAUUUCCCUGGGCCUCAACAAACCGAUCACCUCGUUGCUCUGCAGGAGAAUCCUCAGGAGUCUUCUGGAGUUUGGUGGCCAAUAAUCUUUUACGUUCUCUAUACAGAGGCAACUGUUUCCUUUUCUUUCAGAGAGGAGAGCCAGUGUGGUGUAGUGGUUAAGAGCGGUGGACUCGUAAUCUGGGGAACCGGGUUCGCGUCUCCGCUCCUCCACAUGCAGCUGCUGGGUGACCUUGGGCCAGUCACACUUCUCUGAAGUUUCUCAGCCCCACUCACCUCACAGAGUGUUUGUUGUGGGGGAGGAAGGGAAAGGAGAAUGUUAGCUGCUUUGAGACUCCUGAAGGGGAGUGAAAGGUGGGAUAUCAAGUCUGAACUACUACUCCUCUUUUUCUUCUUCUUCUUCUUCUUCUUCUUCUUCUUCUUCUUCAGGGUCCCGUGUCCUUUGAGGAGGUGGCUGUGUAUUUCACAGAGGAGGAAUGGGCUCUGCUGGAUCCUGACCAGAGGGCAUUGCAUAACGAAGUCAUGGAGGAGACCUGUGGGAUGGUAGUCUCUCUCAGUAAGGCUCCCAGUUUGUUUAGUUUAUUAUUAUAUGAUUUAGACUAUAUUAUAUAAGCAACUUAAAUAACUUCAGUCAGGGUUUAGGCCCAGCUAUGGCCCAGCUUUGGUUGCCCUGUGUGGUGAUUUACGUCUGGAGAGAGACAGGGGGAAUGUUUCCUCAUUAAUUCUCCUCCAUCUCUCAGCAGCCUCUGAUACCAUCAACCAUGGUAUCCUUCUAGAGUGGUGGUCAGAGUGGGUUGCUCAGCUUUGCAGUGAUUCCAGGUCUACUUGGAUAGUCAUUUCUAGAGGGUGAUGCUAGGGGACUGCUCUUUGGUCCCCUGGAGUCUUCCUUGUGGGGUUUUAUUUUAUCCCCCAUGCUGCUUAACACCCACAUGAAACCUCUGAGUGUGCUUAUCAGGGGUUUCGGAGUACAUUGUCCACAAUGUGCUCAUGACACACAGUCCUACUUCCCCUUUACACCUGCAGAUGAGGCAGUGGAUGCCUUGUGCUGGGCCAUUGUCCUGCCUCGCUAUUGAACUGGAUGAGAACCGAUAAGAUGGAGCUCAGUCCAGAUAAGACUGAGGCACUGUUACUGGGAGAGGUUCCCUAGACCGGAUGGGUGGGAGGCAGCCUGCUCUUGACGAGGUUACACACCCUCUGAAGGCAGGGUGGGAAUGUAGGUUGUGGGUACUUCACUUCUGAAUGCAUUGCUCUGAAUCACAGGGCCUCUCCUCAUUUUUAUCACACUUCUAUCCCAACAUUGCUCCAAGGGGUUCAGAAUAGAGUGCAUGGGGUUGUUUGGUGGUUUGAGUGGAGCUACCGUAUUUUUCGCUCCAUAGGACGCUCCUGACCAAAAGACGCACCAAGUUUUUAGAGCAGGAAAACAAGAAAAAAAAAUCUGACUCAAAUGUUGUACUAAGCUAUUUAAAACAGCAAAGUGUGUGGCUCCUGUCCACUUUGCUGCUUUAAAGCGAGCCACGGUAUAUAAUGAAGAGAAUGGAAAAAGGACAGACAUUCCAUUAUAAUGCAGCUGUUUUCAUUAUCACUGGGAAAUCAGUAUUGGCAGCAGUCACAAAAACUAAAAUUUGAGCAUUUUACUGUUAUUAAUCAAGAAUAUUAAUAGUCAGGGAGAGAAACCAGGGCUGUGCAAAUGAGAAGUGCUUGGAGUAUGGAGGAACAGCAAAGAGAUCAAAUGAUUGCGCUCCAGUUCCUAAAUCUCUGAAGUUUUCUCAAAACAGGCAUGGUUGUUUUGAAAGGAAGAUUCAAAAUGGAGUGACUGAGCAAAGAACAGAGGAGGAAAAGAGGGCAGAUAAAUAGCUUCCAUUCAAUAACAAGAGAACACAAUGUUUUUGGUUUAGUAUAGGUGGACUGUACUUGUAAGAAUUUGUAUAAUGAAUUAUAGAUUUGGAGUGGAAUAUCAGUGCCUCUUUUCAGCAAUAAAGAUUAGCUGCUAGGAACAUGGUCCACACACAAACACACAGGAUGUCUGGUUAUAGUUGUGCAGUUUAAACUGUUACUGAGCCAGAUGCCUGCUCAGUUUUAGCUGAGCUCACCAUUACUGGUUUGUGGAGAUGCUUUGCAUGUAUUUAUGACUAUUUCUGCAAAACUGCGACUUGAAGAAAUCCCCAAACUUAAUAUUUUUAAACUUCAAAUGAAGCUCAGAAUCCAGUUAGGCAAUCCUCUGCAGUUGAAUUAGGAGGCAUUGAGAGACAGCAAUUUGCUGCUCCCCACCCCCACCAAGCACCCCAGGAGCGUGGGGCAAAGAGCAGCCCAGGAUCACACAGCCUUCCCUCUGCUUGCAAACCUUGUUGGGGCUUCAGGGGAAAGCAGAAGCUGCCGGCAGAGCACCAUGGCUCCUCCCCCCACUGCAAAGAGCACCCCAGGAGUGCAGGGCAACAGCGAUUUGGCUCCAGGGACCACACAUUCGCUCCAUAAGACGCACAGACUUUUUCCCUUACUUUUUAGGAGGGAAAAAGUGCGUCCUAGGGAGCGGAAAAUACGGUACUUAGAGAGGAUGAUUGCUGAGUACAAUUCAGUGAACUUCAUGUCUGAGCUGGGAUCUGAAUUUGGGUCUUUUGGAUCUAAUCCAAUAAUACAUAGGACACUGGGUGUCAGUCAAGGUAUUAACAGAGGCAGAUAAACAGAUGGGAAGAUUUACCUCCCAACUAAGACUUUUCCAUUUUUGCAUUCUUCCAUUAUUAAAAAAAUUGUGUGUGGUUGUCAAGAUUUGAGGUUCCAUUGUCUUAAGAGUUCCGUUUCUUCUUUGCUUUAGGUUAUGAAUGGAAAACUGAGAAUCAGGGAGAACUACAUGGGGUGUUUGCAGAAAGAGACACAUGUAUGAAGAGGGAGCAACAGAGAAGGAAAACAGAAGGACAGAAGAGGAGGAAUCAUUCCCCUGCUUCUCAGGGCACUGACUCCAAUGAAAUCCCAGUCCAAGAAAAAACGCAAAACAGAAGAGAAACAAUUACAUGUUUUGUAUGUUGGAGAAGUUUCCAUUCUAAAUCUAAACUUAAAACUCACUACAAAAUCCACACAGGGGAGAAACCACACAAAAGCUUAGAAUGCGCAAAGGGCUUGAAUACAAGCACAAGCCUUGGUAUUCAUCAAAGGGUCCACACAGGGGAGAAACUGUAUAAAUGCUUGGAGUGUGGAAAGAGCUUCUCUCAGAAGAGAAAUCUGACAGCACACCACAGAAUUCACACCGGAGAAAAACCAUUUAAUUGUUUGGAGUGUGGAAAGGCCUUCCGUCGGAGGACACAUCUCACUGCUCAUCAGAGAAUUCACACAGGAGAGAAGCUGUAUAGGUGCUUGGAAUGUGGAAAGACCUUUAACAGAAGCGGAAGCCUCACUACUCAUCUAAUAAUUCACGCAGGGGGGGAAACAUACAAAUGCUUGGAGUGUGGAAAGAGCUUUUCUCAGAAGAGGAAUCUCACUAACCAUCACAGAAUUCACCUGGGGGAGAAACCAUACCAAUGUUCAGAAUGUGAAAAGCGCUUCUUCCGGAAGACACAUCUCACUACUCAUCAAAGAAUUCACACAGGGGAGAAGCCAUUUAAAUGCUUGCAAUGUGGAAAGAGCUUUUGUUGGAAGAUCCAUCUCACUUAUCAUCAAAGGAUCCACACAAGGAAAACACCGCAUAAAUGCUUGGAGUGUGGAAAGAACUUUUCUCAGAAUUCUCUCCUUGUUACCCAUCAAAGGAUCCAUACAGGGGAGAAACCAUUUAAAUGCUCGGAGUGUGGAAAGAGCUUCUCUCAGAAGACAAAUCUUGCUUCCCACCGCAGAACUCACACAGGGGAGAAACCAUACAAAUGCUCAGAAUGUGGAAAGAGCUUUUGUCGAAGGACACAUCUCACCACUCAUCAAAGAACUCACACAGGGGAGAAACCAUACAAAUGUUUGGAAUGUGGAAAGACCUUUAGUAGAAACAGAAGCCUAACACAUCAUCAAAUAACUCACACAGGGGAGAAACCAUACAAAUGUUUGGAAUGCGGAAAGAGCUUCUAUUGGAAAAUGCAUCUUACUUAUCAUGAAAGAAUUCACAGAAAGGAUGCACCACAUAAAUGCUUGGAGUGUGGAAAGAUCUUUUGUCAAAAUUCUGACCUCGUAACCCAUCAAAGGAUCCAUACAGGGGAGAAACCAUUUAAAUGCUUGGAAUGCGGAAAGAGCUUCUGUCAGAAGAUAAAUCUCAGUAAUCAUCAAAGAAUUCACACGGGGGAGAAACCCUUUAAGUGCUUAGAAUGUGGAAAGACCUUUAGUACAGGCACAAACCUCACCACUCAUCAAAUAAUUCAUACAUGGGAGAAACCAUUUAAAUGUUUGGAGUGUGGAAUGGCCUUUAAGAGAAACAGAGGCCUCAGUAUUCAUCAAAGGAUCCACACAGGGGAGAAGCCACAUAAAUGCGUGGAGUGUGGAAAAAGCUUUCGGCAUAGUUCUGCCCUUGUUAAUCAUCAGAGAAUCCAUACAGGAAAGAAACCAUAUAAAUGCUUGGAGUGUGGAAAGAGUUUCUGUCAGAAGACACAGCUCACUGCUCAUCAAAGAAUUCACACAGGAGAGAAACCGCAUAAAUGCAUGGACUGUGGGAAGAACUUUUGUCGGAAGGAAUCACUUGCUGCUCAUCAGAGAAUUCACACUGGGGAGAAACCAUUUAAGUGUUUGGUAUGUGGAAAGAGCUUCACACGGAAGAUAAGUCUCGUUUCUCAUAAAAAAAUCCACGCAGGAGAGAAACCAUAA